UCUCUCUCUCUCUCUUUUCACUCACUUUCUUCACUUGUUUCCCGCUCAGCGUCUCAGUGUGCUGCAUUUUCGCACACACAUCGGCCACACUUGCCGGGAAACAAGAAGAAGAACCACAGCAAGCCAUCACAGCUGCAAUUCAGUGGCGUCCUAAAACCCAAGUCACAACUUGGUGGUUGCUGAAAGGUUGAAUCAAUGGACCCCAACCAGUACUCGAUGCUGCAACAGCAGCAGAUGCAACAGUCGCAGCAAGCCGGUAUGCCGAUGCAUCCCAUGAUGAUGCCGCACAUGCAGGUUGCGCCCGUGUUCAUGCCCGGAAACCAGUACAUGCAGCCGGGCAUGAUGAUGCCCAUGGCUCCGCAGCAAGCAGCGCAAGCUGUUCAUCCUGGCCUGGCGGCGUUCGCACAGCCGCAACCAGGGGCGCAGUCGCAACACCAACAGCAACUUCAACAGCUGGUUGGCUCCUGCGCGCAGUACAGCCAAUUUUUGCAGCAGCAACGACUUGCCGUGGCGAGCCGCCAGUAUGCCAAUCCAACCGAGUUUGAAACCGGCCGCCAACUCUUGGCGUCGCUCGAUGCCAAAAUUGCUGCGGCCAAUCAAGACAUUGAGCGAGCAAUGAACGGCUUGCCCCCGAGCAACGGCGUGCAGUGGCAGUUUAUGCAGCAGCAGCAACAACAACAACAACAGCAGCAGCAGCAGCAGCAGCAGCAGCCGCAACAGUUGCUAUCGCCCACCCACCCUGGCGCCGCUGCGGCUCAUCCUGGGUUGAUUGCUCCCCACCUUCACAUGCUGCCCGAUCAGUUUUUGCCUGCCGCCGCAUCCCAGUUUGACACGCUUCCUGCGCAGCCACACGGACCUGGUGCCUCAAACGGUCACAAGCAAAAGCAAAAGUCGCCAAAGCAAAAGAGCAAGCACCCUGCUGCCCAGCCGCCAGCCCAGCCAGGCCAAGACCCAUCUGCACCAGUCGCGGCAGUCGCGGCAGUAGCACCCGUGCCUGCACCUCCCAAACCCAAAAACCGCCGCAACCGCGAUGACAUUGCGCACGAGCGAGAAAUCUUGGAUCGACUUGCGCCAGAGGUGCAGAGCGCCUACCGAAUUGUCCGAGAUUUGCAAAAUCGCGAGUAUCGCUACUUUUCCUUCCCUUUCCUGGAACCAGUUGACGUGGAAGGCUUGGGCCUGGUGGACUACUACGAUACAAUCACGCAUCCGAUGGAUCUCUCAACCCUCCAAACGCAACUCGAGAAUGGCGAGUACACGGAUCUUUCCACGGCCGUGCGCGACUUGCGAUUGAUUUUUGCCAACUGCUAUCGAUACAACGGCUCGGAUCACGAGGUGUCGCGUAUGGCACACCGUCUCGAGCAAGUUUUGGAGCAAAAACUGGCGUUGCUGCCUCUGGCGCUUCGCGAGAAGGUGAGCAUGGCUCGAACCUCCCCGCUCGCCCUCAUGAACCAGCCCCGCACCACUCCGCUGCCCACGCUUCAUUUUGCCAAUGCAGCACCGUCUGCGGCCGCUAGCCAAGGUUCCGAGGCAUCCUCCCUCCCCGUCCGUGCCGCGCGACGAGUGGCCGAAGCCGCCCUCCACACGGCUGCCGUGGCUGCUUCCUCGACCGCACACAUCCCGCAUGCACCCCCGAAUGCGCUGCUCGCUCAUUACGAGGUAGGCGCGCCUUCGCGUGCAGAUCGCAACAUGAAGCGAAAGUCGACCUUCUCCAUGCCUGCUUCCGGCCCGUUUGUGCUCACAGACUCGUCUGCUGCGGAUGAUGUUCAGCGGUUUAUCAAGGAUCAACCCAUCCCGGAAGUGCAGGCCUUAGUGGACUCGAUUGUCGAGCCGAAUGCGAUGCGACAGCUGCGAUCGCUCUGGCAAAUCCCCGCCAUCGGGCACGUUCUGACUCUGUUGCAGUCUGCGGUCCCCGGCUUUGGCUUGUUCUCCUUUUAUGAAUUCGAGCUGGCGAUUCUCUUUCCGACGCGCUCGACGUACUUGCACAAGAUCAUGCUCAUGCUGCUCAAUCCGAUCAAGAACUAUGAGCGCUCGCUCAAUCAAGCGGUUGCUCGCAAGCAGCCGAUCGGCCCCGACGACUGGGUCCUGCACCUCGGCCGGCACGUGGAGAACUGGUAUCGCCGACUUGGCCGCGUUCUCAAGCUGCGCAUUCCCGAUCUCGAGCUCGUGUCGUACAAGGGACGUCAACACAGCGGAGCCAGCUCUCGCCCUGCACCCCAGCGCGGUGCGGGUGGUCGUUUCUUGCCGUUGAGCCAGAGCAGUGGGGCCAUGUACAACAACCCCGACGCCAUCAUUGCCACUGCCAACAAUGCCAAUCGCGGCCUGGCUGUCAUGUCGGCCUCUGAAGAUGAGGAUGACGACGACGGCGAGGGUCUUUUCGGUGACGACGACGGUGCCACGUUCGCCUCCGCUGGCGCUUCGGGCGCUCCACUGAGCCUCGAAGAAUCGCGCGCCCUGAUCCGCAAGCGACUCAAGUCGACCAUUCGACAGCUCCUCCGCGAUGACGACGAGGUGGACGGCCUUGAUCGUGAAAUGCUCAAAAUCCUUGGCAAGGCAAACCCCCUGCACGACCUGAACUUUGCCGAGAUUGACGUGCGCCAGCGCGUGUGGAUUAUUUACACCCUGUGCAUGAUGCAGUUUGAGCAAAAGCCAGAGCUUGUGACCUUCCUCGACACAUUCGGCGCCGAUUUGACGCGCACCGAGCCCAUGGGCAUGGACGACGAGGGCAACAAGUACUACUUUUUCCCCGAGCUGUGCACCACAGACUUGAUUGUGUAUCGCCAACGGCCAAUGCCAGAGACGGAGAGCUACGUCCCGCCUCCGCAGUCUCCACCAGAUUGGUACACGGAGUUUGACAGCACGCGCAUCACUGGCGUCGUUGGCGUCCUGAAGGAUCCCACCCAGUUUGACGAUGGGUUCCAGACGAUGAUUGCUGUUGCGCCGUCUCGCCCAGAGUCUCCCGUUCCCAGCAAGAAGCGGUCUGCCACCGAGGAGGCGGAAACGCCAUCCUCCAAGCGAGGCCGUCUGGAUUCCCAACCAAGCACCCCGACCGCAGCAGCAGCAGCCGCAGCCGCCGAUUCCACCCCGGCGGCGACCACCCCGCGUGGACGUGGUCGUCCGCGGUCUGGCCCGCCCAAGUUGUCCCAGCCAGCCCCAGCAGACAGCGAGCGCGAGUCCGAGCAGUCUGAUGCAGGCGAUGGAACUGCGCUGGCCGAAGAGCAGCUUGGCGACUCGAGUUCCUUCUCUGACAGCUCAGAUGAGGACUUUUCCGACGAUGGCAAGCGCAGUGGUGGCAACGCCCAACGCAAAAAGAAGGCUGCCACCCCAAGCCGAAGCUCUCCCCGCUCCCGCGGUCGCCCACCGUCCUCCAAGCCGUCGACUCCUGCGAGUGCUGGACGCCGAGGAGGUGUAGAGCGCCAAUCCGAGCGUCGGUCCUCUCGCCGCACAAGGAAUGGCAGCGACGCGGAAGACAGCGCUCCCAGCGACACCCAAGAGCAGGAUGCACCUGAUGAUGCCGAGAGCAACGAAGAAGAGACACCGCGGUCCAGGCGAGCCAACCGCUCGCGCAAGCAGCCUGCCGAGGACGAACAGCCAGCAUCAGCCUCGCGUCGCCCGCGACGAGCUGCCGCCGUGAAGUCUGAGCAGUCUUCUGCUGGCCAGGACGUAGAGUCGGCCGAUGAAGACUCGUAUGACGCUUCCGAGCAAGAGGCCAACGAGAGCAGCGAGGCGGAAGAAGAGCAGGUUCGCCCCACCCGCAGUCGCUCGCUUCGCAGCCGCGCUUCUCGUGCUGCUGAAAGCUCUGAGAGUGAGGAAGAUGGCGACAGCGACGCCGGCUACUCUGCCAAGCGUGGUCGCUCGACGCGUGCCUCCUCUUCCCGCAACGCUACUCCCAGUCGCCGUUCUAGUGGUCGCACUUCAACGCGCUCGGCGGCCAGCAUUUCGCCAGUCGCCACUCCAACUACCUCUGGUCGCACGACACGCCGCUCUGCAGCAUCAGCUGUGGACGAGCCUGCCGCUACUAGCGACGGCCAAGAUGCGCAGUCCUCGAGCGACGUCCCCAAGGAGACCAGUGAGGUGAACGGCAUGGACGUUUCCACUCCGUCCAAGCCCGUUGCCAAAGUCGACGACGAGCCAAAGCCCGUUGCCAACGCCGACGACGAGCCAAAGCCCGUUGACAACGCCAACGAAGAGCCAAAGCCAGAAGUCGCUGCCACCGUCGUGCCAAUGGCAGAAGACGCCCCAGCUGAGACCAACAGCGUGGCCGCGCCGCCCAGCUUGCAGUCUGUCAAGACGGAGGCGUUGAGCGAAUCCAGCCCCUCGAUGUACCGCCCGACCUUGACGGACAGCACAAGCCGCCCGAGGCGAACGCACGCUCCGGCUCCCCCGCCUGCGGCGCCGACCUUCCCCACCCCGCCGAUCGUGGCAAUGCCCGCUCCAUCCUCCAUGGACAAUCCCGAGCGUGCAAAGCUCAUCGAGGCGUACCAAAAGCGAGUCAGUCUGCCCGAGUACUAUCACGACGGCUUUGAGGCUGUCGCUGGAAAUCUUUACGAGCUGCGUGAAUUCACUGCGACGCUCGAGGCUCGCCUUGCCGUCAUGGUUGCUCCUUAUCCGCCGCUGCUGGCGCGUUUGAAGGCCAAGUUCCGGUUCCGCCCAAAGGCGGCCGCCACUGCUGCUGCUGCAGCAGCUGGUGUCGCUGCCGACGCCGCGGCUACUGCAGAGCCGGUGGCGAUGGACACUGGGGCUGACCAAGAGUCGAAAUCAGACGCCGAACACGCCAACACUGAAGCCCAACCUGCCACCGACGACGCGGAGGCAGAGGCCGGCGAAGAGGACCAGGCCGAUGACGAGGAGCCGCCAGAGUUGCAAUCGCUGCCAGAGAACCAGCGGCGCUUGUAUGAGCUUGUUCGGGCGCUGUUUGGCAUUCUGCAGCCGUUCAACCGCAUUUCGGAAGUGACGCGCGUGGAUCAGAAGCGCCGUCGCGCCAUCAGCAGCUUUAUGCGCGACUACUUGUUGCGCGAGCCGACACCUUGGCCGACGCCCGAGCGUAAGGUCAAAAUGACCCGCAAGCUCCGGCUUGCCCUGUUGGCCAAAGAGGAGGCCGAGGAGCAACAGCAACAGCAGCAGCAACUGCAGCAGCGCCAGCAAGAGCAAGUGCAGCAAGUGCAAGAGCAGGUGCAGCAAGUGCAAGAGCAGGUGCAGCAAGUGCAACAGCCGGUGCAAGAGCAACCGCCGCAGGAGGGUGAUUCUACCAUUUCUGCUGCACCGGCAGAGCCAGCUCAGCCAAUGCAAGCAUAAAAAGCCAGAUGAUGGUGUAUGCAACGGGCUUUUUAACAAGGAAUGUGGUACUCUUUGUUGCUGUGCGCGAGGUGUUAUUUCUUUUCUGUGUUUCAUUGCAGAUUUUUGUUAUUGGUUGGUUUUUUUUUUUGUCAUUGUCGUUGUCGUUUCGCGGCCAUCGUGCCUUCAUUAUCGCAAAUUCUAGCGUCG